UGUCAAAGGUCAAAACUCUACGCUCGAAUGUUGUGAACGAAGUGGAAACUGAUGAAAAAUUUGACAGCUAAGAAAAGCUAGCUAAUUUACUUCUUAUUUAACCUUUGACAAUAAGCAAAUGAAUGAUUUUAGAUCAUUAAGAUUGUUAUGUAAAUGUUUUGACCAAGGUCGAUAUUGUUAAGAUGUAUAAUUUUGUUUUAUAAUGACUUUAGUCUUUACUGACAAACUAGCAAGCUAACUAGCAAGAGCUAAUAACAUUUACUAACGUUAAUUGUUAACGUUACCUAGCUGUCCACAUCUGCACUCCGGUGGAGUUAAUGGAAAUGUAACGAGCUUAUUUUUCAGUUUUUUAGUAUGAACUGAAUAAUGCUAUUUACCUGUAAUUAUUAAAGACUAAUAGCAAGCAGUGAUUGAUCAUUUUAGUCACGUAGCUAAAAGCUAGCAGCUUGUUACUGUAGCCCCCACUACACAGGAAAAAUGACACUCGCCCCGAAGGAGCUGUCCAACCUCUUGGGAAUCAUCUCUGAGGAAGCUUGCACCAACACUUUCGAAAGUCUGUCAACCGCGUUUCAUCAUUACUUCGCAAAGGCCGAACAUUUCCGAGUGGGUUCAGUGUUGGUGAUGCUGCUGCAACAGCCAGAUCUUCUGCCCAGCUCUGCCCAGCGCCUCACCGCCCUCUACCUUCUCUGGGAGAUGUACCGCACAGAGCCUCUUGCCGCCAACCCCUUUGCCGCUGUCUUUGCUCACUUGCUGAACCCCUCACCAGUUGGGGAGGAACAGGAGAAACAACUGUCAGGAUUCUUGCCACCCAUAACACAGCCUGAGAAGUUCUUCCUCUCCCAGCUGAUGCUGGCACCUCCAAGGGAACUCUUCAAGAAGACCCCCAGACAGGUGUCAUGCAUGGACAUGGGGAACAUGCCACAGUCCAUAGACAUUAGUGGGCUGCAGUUGGCCUUGGCAGAGCGCCAGUCAGAGCUACCCACCCAGAGUAAGGCCAGCUUCCCCAGUAUCCUCAGUGACCCGGACCCAGAUUCCUCCAACUCUGGGUUUGACAGCUCAGUGGCCAAUCAGAUCACAGAGUCCCUGGUCACUGGGCCUCGACCUGCACUGGAGAGUCACUUCCGUCCGGAGUUCAUCCGGCCGCCCCCUCCGCUGCACGUGUGUGAAGACGAGCUGGCGUGGCUGAACCCCACGGAGCCAGACCACAGUGUGCAGUGGGACCGCUCUAUGUGUGUAAAGAACAGCACGGGCGUGGAGAUCAAACGCAUCAUGGCCAAGGCAUUCAAGAGCCCGCUGUCUGCCCAGCAGCAGUCACAGGUGAGUAGACAGCUCCUGGGUGAGCUGGAAAAGGAUCCUAAACUGGUGUACCACAUCGGUCUGACCCCGGCCAAGCUGCCCGACCUGGUGGAGAACAACCCUCUGGUGGCCAUUGAGAUGCUGCUAAAACUAAUGCAGUCCAGCCAGAUCACUGAGUACUUCUCCGUCCUGGUCAACAUGGACAUGUCCCUGCACUCCAUGGAGGUGGUCAACAGGCUGACAACUGCUGUGGACCUCCCACCAGAGUUCAUUCAUCUGUACAUCUCCAACUGUAUCUCCACAUGUGAACAGAUCAAAGACAAGUACAUGCAGAACCGCCUGGUGCGCCUGGUGUGUGUGUUCCUACAGUCACUGAUCCGGAACAAGAUCAUCAAUGUGCAGGACCUGUUCAUCGAGGUGCAGGCCUUCUGCAUUGAGUUCAGCCGUAUACGUGAGGCAGCUGGCCUCUUCCGCCUUCUCAAGACCCUAGAUACAGGAGAAACCCCCCCUGAGGCGAAACCGGCCAAAUAACAGUACAUAGAGAACGUGGCACCAGCCUGACCUGCCAAAUAACACCCCAAGGGAGUAAGCCCACAGAGGCACUAUCUGCUAAAUAGCGCCCCAACCAAGAGAUACUGACCAAGGCUGCAAAAACAGCCAGACAAUCCUCACGACCUCACCAGUAUCCACCUGGAGCCAGGUUUGAACUCAGUUACUGUUCUUCCCCUCUCUUUUCUGGACAAAGAUAUUUCGAAAAUUCAUUUUGAAACAGUGUUUUUUUUUCCCCUUCAGAGAUUGAAGCUUGUCGGUUUUGUUUCAUUAAAUGGAUAUGUGAUGAAUCAUCUGGGUUUUUGGCUUAUAUUUUCUAUAGUGAGUAAUACUGUACAUGCAAAUAUAGGAUUGGUAGGUACUGUUUUGAAUGUGUUCUCGGUUUUUAAGUGAACUAGAUGGUUUAUCACAUGAGUAAAUUCUUAAUGCAGAACAACUAUUUGUAAGUAGACUGCUCAUACUGUACAGGUGUAGAGUAUGUGUAUUUCAAUGCGUGUGAACAAAACCAAGUAACAACAUUAUUUUUUAAUACAAAAAAAAAUCUUCA